AGUCGGGGGAAUCCAAACAAAGAGGUGCAUCUACCGGAAAUAAUGAUUUGAGAGAUGUUUCUCUCCCUUUCCACCCCCACCCCCCCCAUCCCCCCGCCUUGAAUUAAAUUGUUGUUGUUUUUUUUUUUUGUUUCUUUUUUUUUUUUCCUGGGAGGUUCAGUUCGAGGGAAGUUUUGCGCCGGGUCGGGGCCGAGGAGGGAUGCAGAAGACGGAAAGUUGCGGCGGUGGGAGGAGGCGGGGGGCGAGGGCAGUGCGGGACCCCGGCUGCGCCCGGGCGGCGGGGGGAGCAGGGGCGCGGGGGACCUGCCGCCGCUGCCGGCUCUUUGUCUGCUCGGGCAACUUGAACAAAAGGAGAAACUCGGAUGAACUCUCCAUCUCUCCGUCUCCCGGGUUAUCUCCUCUUCGGCAACUUUAUCCGGAGAGAUUUACUCAACUUUCUUCCAGCUCUCCUGCCGCUUAAAAGCGAACAGCCCCGCUUGUAGGCUCGUGAGGAAAUCUGGUCGCACAGUUUAAAGAAAGGAGAAGGUCAAAACAUGGUCGUCGGGAAGAUGGGAUGGUCGCCAAAACGUCAGUCUGUGAUGGGUGCCAUAUUGCAUUAUUCUCUGAGUGGUGGAAUACAGCUUGGGAUUCUUCAGGGGUGGAUUAUGUGGUAGAAACUGUACUGUACAGCUGCUGAACGUCUUAACAGUUUGGAUUCAUGCGUAACUUAAUGGGCUUUUGGAAGAAGUAGAAGAGCCUCUUGCCGAAACUUGAGGAUAUUGUGGAAAAUGCUGCUGAGACCCAUUUGGAUUAUAUUGCCGUCUGACAUGAAGGUCCUGCAGCUGAUGAAAGGAGUUCAACAGAUCUUUUUGUUCUGUGGUUGCUGAAGCAUUACCCUGGGACAGCAGUAAUGACUGAUGAAUACACUUCAGGCUUGAGUCACAGACCAGCUUGAGGAUUUACACUUCUGAAGCAGGAGUGUGAAUGGGAUUGAAGGAUUUACAUGGAGGAUUCUGAACUUCCUUCCUUCCUGCUCCAGGAAAGACAGGGGCCUACUCUGAGACCUGUGGGUACGAUCUACAUAUGCUACUGAAGCUGACUCGAAUUGUGUGACAAAUUUUCCUGCCACCCAGUGAAUCCUUGUGGUUGUUGGUGCAUAAACGUCAAAUGAAGGGUGUAACACCCUCUCUGAUCACUGUGGAACAGUCUCUGGAUAUAGGGCACAUGUCAUUUCAUGUCUGAGAGGUGACAGUACGUCCCGUCUGCAAGAGGGAGAGUUGUCUUUUUUGCAACCUCCUUGGACUUCACUGCUCAUUGCUUUGAUGUGUUUUACAAAAGUCCAAAGAGAGACAAGAACAUACUUGACUCUGAUAUAAUGAUAUAUACUGCCAAGUAGGACCAAAAUGAAACUGGCAAUGGUUAUGCUCCUGUAUUUUGCUGUGGAGAUGCAGACGGAUCACUCUUUACCAGCUGUCAAGGCAAAUAUUGCUGUAUAGUCCUUGCUCUCAGCAACAUCCUCAGUGUCCUGGUGAUGGGGUGCCUUGGAAGGACUGCGCACAACAAGCUUCAUACUGCCUCUGCACUUCAGGCUCUCUGUGCUGUUCUGUCUACCUGGACAACCUCUGUUAUGGAGUGUGAGGCAAACUCUGUCCCUCUGUGCCCAGGUAAUUGUGGAAGUGCAUCACUGGAUUACUUUGCCCCUGGGAAUUCAGCAGUGGCUCCAAGUUGUGAGGUGAUGAACGCAGACCUGUACUUCACACAGGUUUUGCCACAGGCACCUUUCCAGUCCUGUCCCUGCUCGAAUGGGGUCCGCCUGAGAAUCUCUGAACAGCCGGCUGGAGCAACCAGAGAGCUAGGCAGACACAGCACAGAAGCAAAGCUAGCAGUUAGUGGGAUGUUAAGACCCACGGAAGUGAAAAUGCAUUCCGUGACCCUGGGGACAAGAGAAGGCAGGCACGGUACUGCAGUGGUUACAGCAGAGACGGGUGACAAAGCUGCAUUCCAGGUGCAGCAGCUUAAAAAACAAAGAAAAAGAAGAUUGAGAGGCCGAAAGCUGGGAGCAGGAAGCGGCUGCACCCUGAUGGCUGUCAUUUCCCCCACGCGCGACUCCUGUUUACUGCCAGCUGCUUUCUUACAGACACAUCGCCUGGCCUUUGAUACAACCGGGCCUGUCGCUGACUCAGAGCUAGUAAACUUUCUGUGGCUAUCUGCUCGUCUGUGCUGUUCUUCACAAACGUUAAGGCAUAAAGCUGCACCAUUUGGAAGAAGUGAGAUUGUCUUUCCUUACUGCUACGAUGCUGCACCGCUCUCGACACAGCCUGCUUUUCCCCCCAUUUACCUGGGCGGCUGCUGCUGCUGUUUCUGCUGCUGCUGGGGCUGCUGCAGUCUCGCUGCCUGUGUUUCACCCUGGCUUAGCUGACUCGAAAUUCACUCGUCUGCACAUUGCUAAGGAAGAAGAGCGAUGGAGCCGCGUUUUUUUCUGUUGGUUCUGGAAGCAAAGGGUUGUGAUGUGUAAUGAUUUUGGGGUUUUCUUGGGGAGGGGGGAUGGAAGGAGAAAGGAGGGGUGUUAAUCUAGGAUGGGGUGGGUGAAAGCUUAAAGAAAUAUUAUGUAAAGUAAUCCAGUGCUUGACAAGGGCAUCAGCAGCAAGAAUCCAGCCUCUGCUGCUCCAGAGGAUUAACAUGGGGAAGCCACAGUGCUGCAGUCGGCUUUCACCUCAGCGUUGUGCUGGAGAUGGAUAAAUAAGGUAUUGGUUGUGUCUGCCUGUUAAGGCAAAGCCAUGGGAGAAGGAGAGAGCGAGCGAAUGCAAAUGCGAAGGAAGAAGAAAUGCUACGUGCCGUUUGUCUGAUUCUGUGUAUUCUCAUUGCAGAGAGGAUGGCAUGAUUAACAAAGCAAUGUAUGGACGGAGGGACUGUAAAUUGUAGCUUGAACACUCCUGAUGCUGUCAGGGAGGGAACUGAUGAGCUAGGUGGCUGCAGCAAUAUCCCGGGGGAAAACAGCGGCCAUGCACUCUGUGUGUGUAGAUAUGCGUAUGUAUGUGCUUGUGUGUGUGUGUGAGCAUGUAUAGACAUGAAAGAAAGACAUUUCUGACCAAUUUACAGAGGAAGUUUGUCACUUUGCUGGGUCAGACUUGAUUGCAGCUUGUAUUUUCAGCUAUAACUCUACACCCAUUUCCUGACUGAGGCGGCACUUUGUGAAAACAGAUUUAGGCAGAAUUCUUUUAAGAAAUGUGAAAGCAGAUCCUUUCCGCUUAACACCUUGAAGCCCUGAAUUUUCUGCACUGUGCUGAGAGAAACUGUGGGGGUUUCGUUUUCUCCAUCUUAAAAUCUUUAUAAACACAGCUGUAUUCAGUAUGGUGAAAAAUUCUAUACUGUAAAUAGAAAUGUGAUCAAUCUCAUCAAAAUAAAUGCAUCCCAGAUGACUUCUAGACCAGCUGGCUACCACAGUCAUCAGAUGGCUAAAUGCUCAACUGAGCAUUUAUAUUCAGUGUUAUAUUUGCCUUUUUUUCUUUUUAAGAAUUUCAAAAUCAACCUCUAAUUAAAAAGGAUUCUUCAGCUACUGAAAAAAGCCAAUGCUCGCAUUUGGCAAUAGAUUUCUCUGAGAUGCACCUGGGUGUAUUUUUAUUGCUGAAAAUGCAUGGGGGAGACCAUGUUUUUAGAGCAGGUAGCCUUGUCAUGGUACAGGCUUAUUUAGUUUGGUAGGCAGCUCGGAUUGACCAUGUCUGAACAAUGCAGAAAUAAGGGAAACAAGUGCUGCACUCAGCUAGCAGGGCUUGGCAUGGCUUCUAGCAGCUGCCUACCGAGAAAGGGGGGGUGGGGGGUGUUUUCCUCCUGUUUUUUUCCCUUUUAUACAAAUCCAUAGACCAUAAUGUCAUCCUAAAAUGUGUACGAGGGGAUUUCCCAAUAGUCAUGGUGAGCUACCCUGCAAGACGCCUGUCUGGCCCUUCCACUAUUUGUUACCCAGCCUACAAAGGCAGCCCUGUGUGUUGGAUUAUAUUUAGCCAGCUGUUGGAUAACAUUCUUGUGCUGGGGGCAAAGGAGUCUUAUUACUCCCAAACUGUAGUUUUCUGUUUGCUUAAAGAAAAAUAACCUUGGCAAUGCAGCAGGCUCUGCAACAGGAGUCGAUGCCACUCCUAUACCUUUCUGAAACUGUGGUGUGCUUCUAACUCGGGCAGUUUAAAGCAAGCAAGGAGGAGGAAGAGAGACUCUUAACUCACAGCUUCAAAGCUGCGGAGACGAGCAAAAUGUCAGCAGCUUGUAAUUAGGAGUCCACGGUUACGUCAGUGACUGUAUCUCCAAGAAUAGCUAUGUGAUGUGUGCCACAAAGCAAAGGAAGACAGUCAUAACCUGGUUAUCAAGCCUGGUUCAAACAAGAAAGAGCAAAAUGGAUUAAUGAAUCUGCUGUGUUCCUAAAUCAGAUGUGGAUGGAUUACAUGGACAAGGUUUGCUGAGUUCUGCAGCAGGGAAGACUGCAUUAUCAGUUUGUCAGAGGGCGUGUAUUCACCGAGUGAAAGUGUGAAUCCUUCAGAAAAAAAAUGCAGAUGAACUGUCUGUCCUAGAAAAUGUCUUUCCCGGCUCUCUCCUCUACAGGCAGCUGCGUGACACAGCGGCAUUCUCUGAAGGGAGAGACCAGCGAGCCGCAUGGAGGUGUUUAAAAGGAAGGGUGUAAUUAAGCACAAAGCAAGCAUGCUGACAUUCUGUUCUGGCAUUACAGAUUUGAUACUGAAAUACCACCCCAGAGAAGACUGUCUGAGGCCUGGUGUGGUUUAUAUUAAGGCUUCUCUGGUUAAGAGUGAGGGGGGGAGGGAAAGGGCUUCGUGCAGCAUCUUGCAGCCGCACAGAAGUCCCCAGGGCUGCGCGGGAAGAGGGAUGCGCACGGUGAUGUGCUCUUAAAGGCACAUGCCUAGACCCUGCCAGGAGCUGUCUGACCUCUGCAAUUAUUUUUAGGUCUGUGCAGGCAACUCAGCAGCAUUUAAGCAGUGAGAUUGCAGGGGGUGCUUAAUCUGUCCCGACGCCUUUCUCCUCUGCAUUGUGGCUGGAAGAUGUUUACAGGGCUUUUACCAAUACCCCUCCACAAUAUUCAGCAUGCAUGUCUGUCGGUGUUCAUGCCACCCAACUGCUAGAAGCCUGGCGUGGUUCCCUGCUCCCAGCAGAAGUCAGUUGCAGUUCAGCUCUGUUUAUGUCACUCUUUAAUUUACCAGGAAAGGUAGAUUGCACUAUGCAAACAGUGGGGGGGGGGGUGGGUGGUGGGUUUGUUUUUUUUUUUGGACCGUGAACACAAAUUUGUAGGAGGAGAUGACUCUGUGUAUUAAACCAAUAGCUCUUUGAAUUGUGUGUAGUAUAAUUUAAAUAUACUUACUUUAAUUAAUAGAAGGUUACAAAAGCUGGCGUUGUCUGGGGCUGUUUAAUUUACAUCUUGGGUUUAGUCAAUGAGCAUAACCUACCUGAUUAGAAUAGUGUAUUCUGCGCAGCCAACAGGGUGGAAGACAUUAUUUUGUUUUUGUUAGUUCAAACAGCUGGUCAUUAAUGCAGGCCCCAUCUCCAGAGUGAAGUGCUAGUGGACAUGAAUGGCUGCCUGAUUAAUGCUGCCCCUCGACGGGUCCUUCAUCCAGCAGCGAUGCUCGCAGCAGAAUAAUGCAGUGUGAUUUGAUUGCGCUCUAACAGGGUAGUAUGUCAUUGUGUCACCGAGCAAUCGAGGUUAUUAUGGGGCAGGGCAGACAGACGGGACAGUGGGGUUACUAGACCGUGGCAUUUUUAGAAAUGCAGGCCUGACCUACUUAGAGUUAUUCUUGCUGGCUGGCAGCUGCCUGGUGCAGGGCUCCCCCUGAUAGGCUGCGGCUGUUGCUAGGGGGAAUUAGCAUGAAUUUUUCCACAUACAGACUCGGUGAUUGAAUGAUAAAAGCUGACUGGAAUUAAAGAGAUUUCGUUCAGUAUUAUGCAGAUUUAUCUCCCUCUCUCUCUCAAAUGCAUAAAAAGGAGCAGAAGACAGUUUGUUUCCAUUUAUUUUUGACCUAUUUUUUUUCCAGGGGAGGGCAGAACUGUUGCGAAUUUUUGAUCAUUUACUAUUUAAGCUGUUGAAACGAUAUGACAGUGGGCAUGCAUCUUUAAUGUAUGGGAGAUUCAGAUGCUGUCUCUUUGGAAGGGAACGAAAUGAAUAUAUUUUGUGCCCUGGUCAGAUUGCUGCCUCUUUCUAUUUGAAGCUGUGUCAGAUUCCCUCAUCUGGAAAGGGGAAACUUACACCAGGUUUUAUUGCAUAACAUUACUCUUGGCUAUUUUUAGCUAUCUGUACCUCACAAAAUUAGUCCUAUGUUUAUGUUGGUGGAUGAAAUUAAUCCCCAGACUGUGUCUCCUAUGUGCAGAGGCAGAUGCCCAGGGUAUGCUGCAGUGUUGUGUGUCAUGUCCAUCUGAAAAGGUGUUUACAUGCUACAGACGCAUCAGCACUGCAUACCUCGCAGAGAACUGAUGCCUGGCCUGUAAUCGGAUCACUUAGAGGACCUCUUCUGGAUUUUAGAGUAUUUGUCAAGCUUUGGUUUGAAGCUGGAUUCUCUAGAUGGCCCUUUUUUAUUUAUCUACAUCUGCCUAAAAUAGUGUUACCUUUUCAGGGAAUUCUUUGCUCCCUCAGGAAGCAAAUAAGAACAAUACUCAGUGAAGAAUCCUUUGAUGUAAUUAUGAAUAUUUCCUUUGUUAUUAUCACUAAUUAUAGAAGAUCUUUGUUUAAACCACAAUUCCCCUCUGUGUGAUCCUUUACCAUGCAAAGAAGUUACAACUUAGUGGUAAUAAUUUAAAAUUAGUUGUUCAUGGCAAAGCAUCGUGACGUCACACUCAAAAAACCUGGGAAUUUUCAAAGUAAGAGGCAGUUGGGGAUGGGGAAGAGAGAACUAAAAGUCUUUGGAACUGCAAAAUAAAAAGCGUGACCCAGUGCUGAAAAGUAGUGAGCUCAUUUGUGUCUGAAAUGGUUUCAUUUGAAAUACUCAGAUGAAUGAGAUACCUUUUAAAGGGGUGUGAGCAGCCUGCAUGUCUGCCUGGACAGCCAGCAGCCUCCCUGGAUGCAGAGCUCCCCUGCCUUGGCCCCUGGGGUUUCUCAGGAAGGUAUGGAGAGGAAGCAACUGGAAAUGGAGACCUGCAUUUGAAUACCUUUUGUGGUCAAGGCAAAGCGCUCGGUUCCUACAGAUUUGAAUUUCCUAUGUCUCUUUCCUGGUCUUGAUUCAUUACUGAAACUCACACCACUUCCUCCUCUGCUCCUUCCUGAUGGGGUCCCAUGGAGUGACUGUUUUUUAGAGAAGUGAAAGUGAAGAGAGGCAUUAUUUGAUGCCCAAUAAUUGUGUUCUCCUUGGCUGUGCCCAGGGCUGACUCCAGCAAGUGAAACUGCAGUUUUGGUCCCACUUCCCUCAGCAAUAGUCUCUUGAUCAAAGCCUGAUCUCUCGAUUGGCUUUCCUGUGGGAUGCUGUCAGUAGCUGUGGCUUCCCACCUGGGCUGUGGUUUUCACAUUGGUCUUCCAAACUUACCUCUAUGUUGGUUGUCUGCUGAACUUCUCCCCCGUUGCUUUCCUUGUGAUAAUCCAGUUCAAGCGAUCAGAGAAAAGGGCUGGAGCACGGCCAGGUUCGGCCCAUCCCAGUGCCUCCUCAGCGGCUUGUACCCAGGCGGGCAGCCUCUUUGCUAACAGAAGGGAAGUGCUGGCAUGGAAGACUGUUCCUUGUGGGAGGAGAAGCCAGGCUUGCUUUCAGGAUGCUAGGCAGUAGCCAGCCUUUGUGUGCAAUUGCCUGUUGAGGUUCUUGCCCUUGUUGGUUGUAGCCAGUUGUAGUGUCAUCCAGUUCACUUGGAAUAUUAGCAAACCCAGACUUCAGCAAAUCAAAAUGAAUGUGCAAUAUUAUGUUAAUUUUAGCAGAAACCUAUUUUCUAGAAAAAUUAUUUGAGUAUCACCUUAUUUUGAUAUAUUCCUGCUAAGAAAAAGGGAGUCCAAAGAAAAGCACCAAAGAAUAUAAAGCGUACAGUUUGUGGAAAAGGGCUGUAUCCCUGACGUUUGUUUGGGAUUUCAAUGCAGUGAACAUUUAUAACAAACAUAAAAUCAGACAGUUUAACAAACCAUCAAGUGACAUAUUAAAUAUAAAAAAAAAUGCAGUGCACCAGAAAUGGUAUCCAACACCAGGUUACUUUUCUGAAAGUCUCUUUAAUGGGAAUUAUUCCGAAUAAAUGAAUAUGUGAACACUCUGAUCAUAAUGCUUUGGGUAAUUAUAAAUAGCAGAAAUAUGGAGUUAAUGAAACAAAACCAAAAUCUGAGCUCUGUGUGUGUAUAAAGGAUAAGAAACAGGAUGCCAGAGGAGUUCAAAAUAUAUGUCUGUGUUGAAAAUAUU